AUGAAGAUCUGUGGUUUAGCCGUAGUAUCGGUGCUAGCAUAUGCCGUGGGGUCAAUGGCCCAUGGAGACCAUUCUCAAACCGUUUUGAAGCAAAAACCAGCCGAUAAAAGAUGGCAAGACUGGCACAUGCUCGAGGAACACAACAUUGUGGAAUACGACGGCGAGACGUUCUUCACCAUGCACGAUCUCAAAGGCAUGGGAUCUUGGGAUAGGACCGAUAUAUUGAACAUUUAUGGGUUGGUCCAUGAGCAAAUCAUCGGGGACGGGUCUGGCGUCGGCCAAAAUCGGAUAGAAAUCACACCGGCAGUGCAGGAGAUGGUGGUGGAAUCGAUUUACAAGUUGUUCGACAAGAACAAGGACGGGUUGAUCAGUCGAGACGAAUGGUUGCAGUUCCACAACAACGGUGGCGAAUUGCCCGAUUUUGGCUAUGGACAGGGCCACCACUUGGAUUUUGAAAGUGAAUACGAGGAGCACCAUUGGAGGGAGUACCAUGCUCAAAACGACCCCGACACCAAGGUCAAGCAUAAGGAAGACAUAGAGCACGAGUUGUUGCACCACAAGUACGAGAUCGAAGAGACACACGACCGAUCAAAGAAGAUCAAGGACUUCACACGGCACUUUUUGUCAGAUAUUAGGAUCAACAACCUCCGCCCGAAAUAUAGAAGCGCCUAG